AUGUUCUCCCGUCGACUGGCAACGCAAAGUUGCAGGGCAAUUCCUCGUGGAUUCUCAUUAACGCGAAUACAUGCUCAAAACGCUACCUCCUACAGAAGGAUCAUCAGUAAACCGCCGCCCCAAUUUAAAGUCCGAGACUCCUUCAAGAUCAACGAUGACUCUCUCACCAUUUCCAGCAGUGGCCGUUCUAUCUUCAUGGUGGAUAAUGAGAAGGGCUGGACGAAAUUAGACGCCAUGCUUCUCCGCGACAGCUGCACUUGUGCAACGUGCGUCGACACAGCCUCGGGCCAAAAAACCUUUGCUACAACAGCCAUACCGUCAAAUAUUGCCAUUGACAAGAUCCGCAAGACUGAGGAAGGUGUUGGCAUCACGUUCAAGAACGACAUGUAUCCCGACCACGAGAUGAUAUUUCCCUGGUUGUUAGUCAGUCAAGCAAUGGGUCACCAAAAAGUUCCAAAGAUGCCUUUUCCAAGACAAGAACUUGUGUUCCCCAAAACGGGCCGGACGUUCUGGGACAAAGCCAUCAUCCAGGAACGUGUUCGCAAGAUCGACUACCACGAAUUCAUGAAAGGCUCCGACGCGUUCUGGCACACCAUUCUGGACCUCUCAAAUCUUGGCCUCGUCUUCCUCAAAAAUGUGCCGCAGGACGAGAAUUCCAUCGUCAACAUCACCACGCGUAUCGCCAACAUCAAAGAGACCUUUUACGGCCGCACGUUCGACGUUCGCGCAAAGCCAGAUGCUGAGAACGUGGCCUACACGAGUGGCUACUUGGGCCUUCACCAGGAUCUGCUGUACCUUGAAAGCCCGCCCGCCAUUCAACUGCUUCACUGUAUGGAGAACUCGUGUGAAGGUGGAGAAUCCCUUUUCAGCGAUGGUCUGUUCGCUGGCAAACUGCUCUUCCUACAAUCUUCUCCAACAAUCAGGAACCUCUGGAAAGUAAUGGUUCCGUAUCACUACGAGAAGCACGGCUACUUCUACCAUCAAAGACGACCGAUUCUUGAGCUCGGCCCGAGUGAAAACCUCGCCGGUGUAAACUGGAGUCCGCCUUUCCAGGACCAAUUCUCGAGCGCUGCCGUCGAUGCACGAGAGUGGCUUGAGCCAGCGAAGCUAUUCGAUCGAAUGAUCAAUAACCCUGACGUUAUGUACGAGAUGAAGAUGGAGCCUGGAGAGUGUGUGCUUUUCGACAAUACGCGGAUUAUGCAUGGGCGCAAUAAGUUCGAUGUCGGUGGUGGAUCGAGAUGGUUGAGGGGAGCGUACAUUUCGAGAGAGGACUUUGUGAGCCGCGCACUGCAUGUACCCGAGGAACUGGCAACGGAAUAUCGAGCUGGCAAGAAAUGGAGUCGUGAUAUUGAAGAUCAAGAAGUGAGGGGGUCAGAGUGGUUUGGAAAGACCUUGGCACAGGUCGAUGAAGUGAUUGAAGGACUGAAGAAAGACAAGAGCAUCGAUAAGAUGAAGUCAAGAGACUUUGAGCUGUUGAGGAUGUAA